AUGCACGAUUGCAGUGCUCUGACCCUCCUGAUCCUGGGGACUCUGGCCCACCCAGUAUAUCCAGGACCUCUGCAGGGCACGAUUGUUGGGGGGAAAGAGGUGAAGCCCCACUCUCGGCCCUAUAUGGCUUCUCUCCAGUUUGGAGGCCAUCAUCUAUGUGGGGGUACCCUGAUCCGCCCCCAGUGGGUACUGACCGCUGCCCACUGUGAGCUCAAAGAGAACCUUCCUGCCUACCGGGUGGUCCUGGGGGGUCACUGUCUCCAGCACUCCGAGCCCUCGCAGCAGGUCUUCUCCAUUCAGCAAGCAAUCCCAUACCCACUCUACAAUGCCCGCACCGACGUCAAUGACAUCCAGCUACUCAAACUGAAUGGCAGCGCCGUCCUGAACAAGUUCGUGAAGCUGGCUCGGCUGCCUCGCCGGAACAGUGACCUGCCCCCACAGACGCGGUGCCGGGUGAUGGGCUGGGGGGAUGUCACGGGCCUCCAGGUCCUGCCCCAGGGCCUGAUGGAGACCAACGGCACCGUGGUGUCCCGCACGACCUGCAACAUCACCUGGAAAGGGGCCAUCACCCAGGACAUGAUCUGCGUGACCGGCCCCCACAACAGUGUGGAGGGAGUCUGUGGGGGGGACUCAGGUGGGCCGCUCUUCCACAAGAGGAGGAUCCAAGGCGUCGUGUCCUUUUCAUCCCCGCGGUGCGGGGAUCCCCGUUACCCAGACGUCUACGCCCGGGUCUCCACCUUCGUGUCCUGGAUUCAAGACGUCCUGCAGCAUUACUGA